AUGUUUCGAUUUUGUACAUGUUUUUGUGUUGUCUCUUUUUCUCCAUGUUUGUGUGUGUGCGUGUGUGUGUCUUUACCAUCUGUGGUAUGUCAUGCCGUAGGUCCUUCAUACACAUCAACCAGCAAUAGCACGACAUCGACGGCCACUGUUCGCUCGAACUAUUACCAAACGCCGGGCGCACCGGAGAGUGGCCAUAUUUCCGCUGGAACAGGCAGUGUUGCCUCACAACCGUCUGCCACCGGUAUGCUGGCAACGGAAGCUUCACCAUCGACGAUCGCUUACGCGCAUCAAACGCCAGCGACGGUACAGCCGCAUCACCAGCAUCGCCCGGGCUCACCGUCACAAACGGUUCCACCCCACUACACGCAACCUCACGCAACGGCCGGUACAACAUCUUCGAGGGGUGGCAGUUCAAGAGGAUCAUCGAAUGCGCCACCGCAGCAGCAUCAGAUGCAUCAUAUGCAACAGCCCCAACAACAGCAGCAGCAGCAUCAUAUGCAAACCCAACAGCAUUCGACGCAUCACCAGCAGCAGCAGCAGCAGCAGCUUGUUCCGCAGCAUACAACAGCUACAGCAGCAGCAGCGACCGUACAACCCGACUAUUCGAUGCACUCGCAAUCCUCCGCAUCUUAUGGUUCGGCGAUGGGAGGAGCUGCACCACUAACCAACCCGGACAUUGGCAACACCCAGUCGAACACAUCGACGGUCGCGAACGUGUAUCAGCAACAGCACCAGCUUCCAUCGCAUCAGCCACAGCAUCAGCAUCAUCAGCAGCAGCACCAGCAACAGCUACCACCGGCCGUUUCGGCACCCGGAUCCUUCCUGCCCUACUCCUCAUCCUCCCCAUCGUCCGCUACCGGAUACGGCGUCCCUUCUGUUGCGGUCGCAAGUCAAAAUGCUACAACCACUACCAGCACGGUCGCUGCUGCCGUCGCAUCGUCAGCAGCAGGAGGACCGUCGGGCAGUAGCAGUACAGCCGCCAACGGAUCCGCCUUCCAUCGUCCGGAAAGUGCGAUGACAAUGGGAACGGCCGCCCCGUCCGCUGUGGCCGCCCCACCCGCGUCAACGUACGACACGCCGCCAACGUACAUUCCCGACGCGAAUGCUCCUGGUGCAGCUGCGGCAGCAGCAGCAGCAGCUGCGUACCAUCAGUACCAUCACGCACCGUAUCAGUCGUCGCAGUACCAUCACCAUCAGCCACAGGGCUACUAUCCUCCGCAUGCACCACCACCAUCGGCCUACCCGUACUACCCAUCAUCCGCUGGACCGUACGGAGCGGGUCAGCCACCACCACCACCGCCCGGUUCCGGCAUGGUACCGGCGGACUCACAGUACCACUCCUACCCACCACCACCAGCGGUAUCAGCGGCUGCGGCGGCAGCUGCUACAGCAAGCAACUACAACUAUCCACCGUACCCGAGCCAGCCCGGCGUUGGACAAUGGCAAUAAGCGCUGUAAAGAUCGGCGGUACCACUUCACACACACACUCAUACUGUUGCCCGGGCGCAUUGUAGAUGUACAUAGGAAAUGUGCGCCCAUGUGUGUGGCUGUGUGGCUGUGUUUGUAAGUAUGUUUUAUGCGUUCGUGUCUAUUUAAUGUGCAUAUGUACAUAGGGACGGUCCCGUGGUACAGUCGUCAACUCGAACAUGUCCGUCGUGGGUUCAAGCCUCAUAUGGACCGUCCCCCCGUAGCAAGGAGUUGGCUAUCUGGCGGCGUAGUACUAAGUAAGUCCCGAAGAAAAGAAGAGAAGAAUGUACAUAGGUAUGUUAUGCUGUAUUCGUAUCCUCGCACUUGCUGCUGCUUGAAGCGCUACUGCAAAUAUUCAAACCGAGGAUCGAACAAGUAGUUUAGAACUUUGAGAAUACUGUCGUGUACUCUAGGACACAAACACACACCAGCAAAGCAAAUGCUCUACCAACCUACCAAUUCAACAAGCUCCUAAAUCUUAUCGAUCGUGUAGAAACUACUAUUACUACCUACCUACUCCACUGCUACUACUACAACUACUACUACUACUAUUACUACCUACUGCUGGCCACUAGACGCGCCGUUUAUAAUGUAAUUCGAUUUCACGUCCUACCAACUCAAAUGCAUCAUAGCUUGGGCAGUUUGACGGCACAUGUUCCUAUAGCGAUCGGCUGCAAAUCUCGCGAUGUUUUGCGGGUGAUACAAAAUGACACAAAACAGCAAGGCGCACGGUCGACAAAAAAGAUACGAAAUAACCAUUCAAAUCAAACACCAGUUUUGCUUGUAACUUUCUCACUAUUUAGGCGAUAAGAAGAGAAGGAGCACACGCACGAGCGGGCGCGAGAUACGUUUAGUGUUUAUAGCGGUAGGUGUUGUAGUUCCAGACUCAUCGUGUGUCCUAAAACCCCCCUAUGAUACUGCUUAGGUCCCAGCCUUUAGGUGUAAAGAGAGAGAGAGAGAGAGCCAGUGGCGAUUUUCAGUAUUAUUUCAAUUUUGGGAAUCACUAGUUGCUUUUGGCGCUGUUAUCGGCAAGGCGGCAAUGCAUCGUUGUUCCUUGUUUGUAAUUCGAAUGUAAAUAGAUUAAGUGGUUGGCUCGUCGUGCGCCCGAAAGAUUGCCCCCACAUGCGCGCUCUGGCCAUUAUUGCAUCCGUAUACUGAAUUUAGCUGUAGUCGCAUCAAUUAGAACGAGUCAUGAAUAAGCACAAACAUCAACGGCAAAGAGCAAAUGAGAGCGAGAGAGAAUAUGCUAGGCAACAUAUCAGCUAGAUUCAAUCUGACUGAAAUUUUGGAAACUAACAACUAAGAAGUACUGUGCAAUUGAAAAUUGUCCGUCGAGUAGUAGUAUUAUGAAUGAGCGUUGCUAUCGUUUGAUUAAGUUGGACUUAGUUGAAAACAAACAAAUCGUGAAUCGUUUUCUGUUCCCCGUUUGUUCCCCACCGUACACAGGCGCGGCGAGGAGAUGCUAGGGACGACGAUAUUUCGACUAGAAGUUUUUAUUUUUGAAAUAGUUUAACGUUUCGAAUUGUGCUAGAAAGCGUUUCUAGAACGGUUUUAGAGUGUAAGCAGAUGUUGUGCGCUAGCUAUGUAGCUAUCGGGGCAAAAAGGAUGCAAACAUUUGCUGAGAUAAAUAAACCAUUUACUAUCUGUACCAGAACGAUCACCACUCGCAAUGGGAGGGGGAGGGAUUGGGUGGUAGGUGUUUGGGUAAGGUGUAAUCUUCCAUAGCAGAUAAUGAUGUGUAGCGCGAUCUGUUAACGUUUAAGUCACGCAAAUCCAACCAAAAUAGUAGAGAGUAAGCAGCUAAUUCUCUAAAAAUAAUGCAAUCGAACGAUCGAUCGAUCGAUCGAUCGAUGGGGUGGCACUUGAAAGCCGGGGUGGAAAUGCACGAUCCUCCGGGGGAAAAGGGUUACAACUAGCAGCAAAAAGGAUUUUAAUUCACCUGCUCUUUAGCAAGACAGAAAAUAGAACAACAUACUCCCAGAAAAAUGUAGAUUAUUCUUUAGAUUGUGCGUACACUGGCUACCACACCACACAGAAGAACUAUAUAAGCGAUGUGUAAGAGGGGCGCGAGAAGUGUAGAUUAAAAUAUUCAGGAAAUAGAAUACAAUUGAUGAAGUGAUUAGGAAACUAACUUAUUCGAAUGUGUAGUAGUGUGUUCUUUUGUGUUUGUAUUACCCUUUUAAGUCAGUCAGAGAACACACACACACACACACACCCUUCCUUCUCAAGUGACUGUGCCCAGUUGGAGAAGGGAACGAUCCUAGCAUUAAAAUAGAUCAAGAAACUGUGAGCUUGUAGCAGCAGCAGCAGCAGUUUCUAGCAAAAAGGAAUUCAAUUCGAUCCCUUUUGUCCUCCCGCGUUGAGUUUAGAUAAAUUGAAUUAUGCAAGUAAUGCACAUCCACAGGUGUGUGUGUGUGUGUGGUGUUGCAGAUCGCAAAAGUUGCAAAGAAAGAGAAGGAGGAAGUAAAUAAUGUAACUGCACGAUCAAAAAUCGCUUCGGAAUGUUUCAGCUUUUCCGGGGAAGUUAUUCAAUUUGUAAGAUACACACAAAAAACCCAUAUAUCUACCUACUUAUACAUACAAUACAUAAUAUAUAAUAUAUCCAUUGUGAACCUGUGAGUCGUUCUAUCCCAACCAACCAACCAACCACACUACUACUAGUACUACAACUACUGAGAGAAGGACAAAACGUGGGACAAAAACAGUUUAAGUGUUUAAUUGCAAUUAGCAUCCGUCGUAUCCGAUAGCCAAAUGCAGUAGGAAGGAAAAAGGGAUGAUAACCCCUGGUCAUAGACCCUUCUUAAACAGAACAAAAAGAAACGGUCGCUUGAUUUCGAAUCGGUUGGCACACAAACACGUUCUUCUGUAUCCGCCGCAGGAAGUAAUACACACAGAUAUAUUGUAGCAUACCGGGAGAAAAAAAGUGUAAAAGCCGACAUAAUACAGGAUAUUUGAAUUAAAAAAGUGAAGAAAACAAUAUAAUGCAAUCCGCAGUG